CUUCAGUAUGGGAGAAUCUUCGGACAAUUUCCGGACUACCGACAUCUGGAGAAGGCCUCAGACAGAGGAGCUGGUGGAUGUGCACGUGUACGUGGUACCGUCUGACAAAUGGAUCGAGCAGCGAAAGCUUGCAAAAAGGGACAUAAUCGAUCAGGCCAUUUCGUCGGGAUUUGUCAGAGUUCUUCCAUCUACUACUCUUUUGGAGUUAAGAAGUGAAAUUAACGAGCAAUUAGGAACAGAAAAUGUGCCUGAAACUUAUGUCUUCUUGCGCAACGUUGGAAGGAAUUUCACACAGGUCAAAUCAAAACAAGAACUGGAACUCAAAAUCAAAAGUUUUCUUCCACCUUACGCAGAAGAACCGGAAGUUUACGUGAAAGAGGGUUCGUAUACUCUCAUCCGCAGUGCCUCUGUCGGAGCAGACCUUGCUCGUUCCUGUUUGAGUUCCCAACAAAACACGGCUAAUUCUUCGGAAGACACUCGGUGUUCUUGCGUAGACGCCGGAAGCACAACAAGCAGCAUCGGAACAAAUUCCUCUUCUGCUGCAGGCGUCAAGAAAUCUCUCAGCUUGGACAGGAGGGGCGUCCGAACAUCGAUGGCGUCCAUCAGGGCAGCAGCUCAAAGACAGCACACGCCGAAGAGGCAUUCAAGGCCUAGAAAUACGCGUCCUCCUACUCCCAGAGUGACAGAGAAACUCUUCAUCAAGUCGAAUAAAGUCAGCUCGUUGCCUAUGAGCUCCACAAAAGCUUCAGAAGCAAUAAGAGAAAGUCCUUCGGAACUAAUAGAAGAAGAACGACUCUCGAAAGAAACGUUAAUUGUUGAAACUCCAGCUGAUUUAGUAGCCAACAGUCCACCACCAAGACCAGCAAGUCAGCCAGAAAGGGAGAACAAAGACAUGAAACUUCCAGUGCCAACUACAACGACUCAAGGUAAGGACAAUACUAACGUUUUGGAAUCUCUACUUGAAAGAGUUGAUGUGAUUUCCAGCAUGGAUCAUCGUGAAUUUGAGGAAUCCUCUAACAGCCAGACGAUUAAUCCAAAAGAUGAUGAUGGACAAACACCCAUAUUGAACAGUAACAACAAAAACAGAUACGAGGAAAAGACUUUUGAUGAAAAUACCGAUAAGGUGCGAAAGGGUUCUAAUGACUCUACAGAUGACAUAAACAAUGAAAAAGAAGUAGGCAUGAUUAAGGAUAUGGAAAAGAAACUACGUGAGACAUCGGAGCUAUAUUUCGAAAAUUUUCACAGCAAAAUAGGAGAUGAAGAUGUCAUAGUGGAUCCUAUCAAACUUCUGGAAGGAGAAGGCGAUUCCUUGAAAAAUGAAGAGGAAAAUGGGAGGGAUCACUAUGACGAGGGCUUCCACAGCGGUGAGCUGGUUGCGUCUGAGGAAGACAGCAACAGCAUUGAAACUCUGGGCAGUUCUGGAGUCAAAGACAAAGAAGAUGCCGAGAAAGCUAUCCGAGCUCCAACUCCAAUGCCUAGAAGCAACAGUUUCUACAAGCCCGUUAAUAUGGAUCCCGAAAGUAAGAGUUUUAAACGAUUGGUUUAG